AUGGCGGCCAAAGAACUCACGGGCUCUUGCAUGGACUGCAAAGAUGCUGAUGCCGUCUUGACUACCCGGAAUAGGUCACUUUGUGGUCCCUGCUACCAGGUCUUUCUAGAACACAAGGUUUAUAAACGUAUGGAGAGAUACAGGAAGUAUCCAGACCCAGGAUCACCGUCGUAUCGAUUACUCCUUCCGCUUUCCCUCGGGGUCUCGUCUUCCUCUCUGUUGCGAAUGUUAAAUACGGGCAUGGAUCGCCAGCUUUCUAAAAAUGCGAGAACAUCAUACACCGUUGAAGUACUUGCUAUUGAGCCAUUUACCCACGCGUUCGACGAAGCCUCAUACACCAAACGAUAUCAAGCAGCUCGGGAGUCCUUCUCCAAGUAUAAUUUCAAUCGGAUUCCGCUCCACAGUAUCUUUGACUAUGUUCCCAACAUGACGGAGGCUAUGGAGGAGUAUGUGGGUUCUCGAUUUAAAGAUGAUACUACUCGAUCCAACGAAGAACGUCUGGCUGCUUUUCGCAGCGCCAACUCCACUGCAACAUCGAAGGCGGACCUUGACAAUGUUCUAUUUACACAGCUUGUUGUGGGUUAUGCGAAGCAUGCGGGCUGUGAGUCCAUUCUCUGGGCGGAUUCAGAUACUAGCCUUGCGGCGAAGACCCUUGCUGGUGCCGCUAAAGGCCGCGGUGCCGCUUUAACGUGGCAAGUAUCAGAUGCAAUGUCCCCUUGGGGGGUACGAUUUGAUUUCCCAUGCCGUGAUAUCUCCAAACCAGAGCUGGCACUAUACGAGUCCGUUUCCCCAGACCUUUCCGACAUGGUUAUUCCAGACGAACCAUUGUCGGAGAACAUUCUCACAAAAAACCUGUCUAUCGAUGAACUUAUGUUGCGGUACGUGACUACCCAGGGCGAAAAAUACCCUGGUGUCAUGGCGAAUGUGUCAAGGACUGCAAAUAAACUUGACUCCUACUCAUCGCUUGACAGUACUGUUUGCUCGCUGUGUGGGGCAAUAGUAGAGAAUGUUAAGGGCAAUGAAACUGGAAUUACGGUUUCCAGCCAGUUCUCUUUGAAAAAGCCUCAGUUUUGCUAUGGAUGCACGCGAUCUCGUCCCGAGAUUAAUGCUUAA